UUCUUGCCCAACCAUGAUUCAGGAGGAAACCCAGCCACAGAACAGGCAAGUGUGGUAUCGCCUAGAGAAAAACGACUUGCAGAGACAGGUCUCAUUUAGAUCCACCCCAGAUUUUGCAAAGAAGGCACCUCCUUCAUCACAGACUCUAAGACCUUCCAAGUUCAGGAAGAAAUUAUCUGCGUCGCCAUUAACAACUUGGCACAAUGUACCUGGCAGGACCAGUGUGACUGAAUCGGAGGUUUUUCUCAACAUGACCCACAGGGACAGUGAAGGUCCUGUUUGCAGCCUGAAAUUUGUGACUCUCCUGGUGGCCUUAAGUCCGGAAUUCCUCUUCCUGGGAGCCGGACUGCAGCUUCGAGACAAUGGGUACGAUGGAUUACUUAUUGCAGUCAAUCCUCAGGUAUCCGAGGAUCAGAACCUUAUCCCAAACAUUAAGGAAAUGAUAACCGAAGCUUCUUUUUACCUAUUCAAUGCUACCAAGAGAAGAGUGUUUUUCAGAAAUGUAAAGAUUUUAAUACCUGCCACAUGGAAAGCUAGUAAUUACAGCAAAGUAAAACAAGAAUCAUACGAAAAGGCAAAUGUCAUAGUAACUGACUGGUAUGGGGCACAUGGUGAUGAUCCAUACACCUUGCAAUAUAGAGGAUGUGGAAAAGAGGGAAAAUACAUUCAUUUUACAUCUGAAUUUCUAUUAAAUGAUGGCUUAAUAGCUGGCUAUGGAUCACGAGGCAGAGUGUUUGUUCAUGAAUGGGCCCAUUUCCGUUGGGGUGUGUUUGGUGAAUAUAACAAUGAGAAACCCUUCUACAUAAAUGGGCAAAGUCAAAUUGAAGUAACAAGGUGUUCAUCUGAUAUCGCAGGCAUUUUUGUGUGUGAGAAAGGUCCCUGCCCGCAAGAAAACUGUAUUAUUAGCAAGAUUUUCCAAGAAGGAUGCAUGUUUAUAUACAAUAGCACCCAAAAUGCAACUUCAUCGAUAAUGUUCAUGCAAAGUUUAUCUUCUGUGGUUGAAUUCUGUAAUGCAAGUACCCACAACCAAGAAGCUCCAAAUCCACAGAACCAAAUGUGCAGCCUCAGAAGUGUCUGGGAUGUAAUCACAGACUCUGACGACUUUAGUAACAGUCUUCCCAUGAGUGGGACCGAGCUCCCACCUCCUCCCACUUUCUCUCUUGUACAGGCUGGUGACAGAGUGGUUUGUCUAGUGCUGGAUGUGUCCAGCAAGAUGGCAGAGGCUGACAGACUCCUUCAACUGCAACAAGCAGCAGAAUUUUACUUGAUGCAGAUUGUUGAAAUUCAUACCUUUGUGGGCAUUGCCAGCUUUCAUAGCAAAGGGGAGAUCAGAGCCCAGCUACAGCAAAUUAACAAUGAUGAUGACCGAAAGUUGCUAGUUUCACAUCUGCCUGUCACCGCGUCAGCUGAAGCAGAAACCAGUGUUUGCUCAGGGCUGAAGAAGGGAUUUGAGGUGGUUGAAAAACUGAAUGGAAAAGCCUCUGGCUCUGUGAUGAUAUUAGUGACUAGUGGAGAUGAUGACCAUAUCACCAACUGCUUCCUCACUGCUCUCAGCAGUGGUUCAACUAUCCAUACCAUUGCCCUGGGUUCAUCCACGGUCAAAAACCUGGAGGAACUGUCACGUCUUACAGGAGGUUUAAAGUUCUUUGUUCCAGAUAAAUCCAAUUCCAAUAGCAUGAUUGAUGCUUUCAGUAGAAUUUCCUCUGGAACCGGAGACAUUUUUCAGCAACAUAUUCAGCUUGAAAGUACAGGUGAAAAUGUUAAACCUCAGCAUCAACUGAAAAACACUGUUACUGUGGAUGACAGUGUGGGCAAUGACACCACCUUCCUAGUUACAUGGCAGACCAGUGGACCCCCUGAGGUUGUGUUAUUUGAUCCUAAUGGAAGAAAAUACAGCAUGGACAAUUUUAUCACCAAUCUAGCUUUUCGGACUGCUCGCCUCUGGAUUCCAGGAACAGCUAAGCCUGGCCUAUGGACUUACACACUGAACAAUACCCACCACUCUCCUCAAGCCUUGAAAGUGACAGUGACCUCUCGCGCCUCCCGCUCAGCCAUGCCCCCUGCCACUGUGGAAGCCUUUGUGGAAAGAGACAGCACCCAUUUUCCCCAUCCUCUGAUGAUUUAUGCAAUUGUGAGAAAGGGGUUUCAUCCCAUUCUCAAUGCCACUGUAACUGCUACAAUUGAGCCAGAGACUGCAGAUCCAGUUAUGUUGAAACUUUUUGAUGAUGGAGCAGGUGCCGAUGUUAUAAAAAAUGAUGGAAUUUACUCGAGGUAUUUUUUCUCCUUUGCUGUAAAUGGUAGAUAUAGCUUGAAAGUGCAUGUCAACCGUUCUCCCAGCAUAAGCACCCUAGCCCACUCUAUUCCAGGAAGUCAUGCGAUGUACGUACCAGGUUACAUAACAAAUGGUAAUAUUCAGAUGAAUGCCCCAAGAAAAUCGGUGGGCAGGAGUGAGGAGGAGCAAAAGUGGGGCUUUAGCCGAAUAAGCUCAGGGGGCUCCUUUUCUGUGCUGGGUGUUCCAGCUGACCCACAUCCUGAUGUGUUUCCACCAUGCAAAAUUAUUGACCUGGAAGCUGUAAAAGAGGAAGAAGAGGUGGUUUUAUCUUGGACAGCUCCUGGAGAAGACUUAGACCAGGGCCAGGCUAACAGCUAUGAAAUAAGAGUGAGUAAAAGUCUGCAGAAGAUUCAAGAUGACUUUAGCAAUGCCAUUUUAGUGAAUACAUCGAAGUUAAAUCCUCAGCAAGCUGGUACCAAGGAGACAUUUAAAUUCUCAUCAGAGCUUUUCACAAACAGACCUGAACAGCAACCUGAUGGAGAGGCACAAAAAAGCCACAGAAUUUAUAUGGCAAUACGAGCAGUAGACAGAAACUCCUUAAAGUCUGCUGUCUCUAACAUUGCACAGGCAUCUCUGUUGAUUCUCCCAAAUUCUCCUCCUGUACUUGCCAGAGAUGAUCUGAUAUUAAAAGGAGUUCUGACAGCAAUAGGUAUUAUAGGAACCAUUUGCCUCACUAUAGUUGUAACACACUGUGUUUUAAACAAGAAAAAGAGAGCAGGUAAGAAAGAGAAUGAAACAAAAUUACUAUGAGCAAAUGUACGGAGUACAUUCCCGCUUAAAUAUAAGUGGCUUUUGCACUUUACAAAAACAUACUAAUAAAGUCAAAUUAACAUCAAAUUAUUAAAAAUGCCUUGAGUUUCUGUGCAGUAUAGAUCAGAAUUUUACAUGGUAAAUAGACAAAAAAUCUUUUUUAUAGCAUUAAUUUAGGGGGAGG